AUGGGGAAGGACAAGAAGGCGAUGAAUCCCAAUGACGCCUACCGGAAGCAAAUGAAGAAGAAGGAAAUCAAGAGAAACAAAGUUCACAAGCAAGAGAGGAAGGAGCUGGAGCAGAUCAAACAUAACCCUGAGCUUGCUCGAAAACGAAUCGCAGAGAUAGAGGACAGAGAGCGCAAGCAUGGGAGCACCAACUACUCAAACAGGAGGAAAGAAGAGCUGGAGCUCGUCUACAAUGCUUUACAGAAGAAGAAGAAAAGAGAAGAAGAGGAGCAGCAGAGGCAGGCAAAGCUCGCGGCCGCGAAAGCUCUUGCCCAACAACCGCAGGAUCCGUUUGCUCCUAUCGAUGACGAGGCUGCAAGUUCUUCCAUGCAGCCUUCUUUCCAGGCCUCCUCCCUACAAUCAUCUUUCCCCUCCUUUCAGCAGCCCCUCCCUUACCCUCCUCCUCUUCCUCCUCCGAAUACUAUUCCGAUCGGCGGAAUUCCUCCCCCUCCCCCGCCAGUUCUCCCGUUGGGGUCUGUUCCUCCGCCACCGCCCCCUCGGGUGCUGCCUCCUGGACAGAUUCCCCCUCCCCCUCCUCCUCGCAACGUUACUGCUCCUGACAAGCCUCGCACCCUCCAAGCUGUUCCUCCUCCGCCUCCUCCAAAACCUAUCAAGACAACCGAACAGUCGAUGCCUCCUCCUCCUCCCCCAGACAAGCCAAAGAAGAACGAGCCGGCAGUUGCUGCUUUGGCCUCAGCGUUGGGUGACUACGGAGAGGAUUCGGAUGAAGAAGAGCAAACGGCUGAAGGAGGAUCAAGAACAGAAGCAGUCAGCAGCGUCGUCCAUGCUCCCAUCUCGUUCAUACCAAGGAAGGAGGAGGCACCACCUUCGCAGCCUGUCCCAGCAGAGGAGGCAGCACUCAAUGUCGCUGUGCUCGGCAUGGCACCAGCAGCUGUAAAGCGAAGGCAACCUCCUUCUGCUCGCGAGAUGAUCGCCAAGAAGCGCGCACAGCCCUUCGUCACUGCAAGCCAACCGACAAAGGCAGCGGCGGGCGGCGGCGGCGGCGGCGGCGGCGGCAGAGAUCACAAGGGAGAGGCGGAUGCGUUGGAUGCUUUCCUAGGGGAGAUGGAGGAGCUUGGCGCGUUUGCUGAUAUCUAA